UCUAUCACCCCGUGCAGGAAACUUCACCGACAGCCCCGAGUCUGAGAACAGCACCACGACAGAGCACAAGUGGCCCUCGUGCAACGCGCAGGAUGAGAUGCUGAACCUGGCCUUCACCAUUGGCUCCUUCCUGCUCAGUGCCAUCACGCUGCCCCUGGGCAUUGUCAUGGAUAAGUACGGCCCUCGCAAGCUGCGGCUGCUUGGCAGUGCCUGCUUUGCUGUGUCCUGUGUGCUGAUCGCAUAUGGUGCCAGCAACCCCAACUCUCUGUCUGUGCUGAUAUUCAUCGCGCUGGCUCUGAACGGCUUUGGUGGGAUGUGCAUGACCUUCACAUCACUCACGCUGCCCAAUAUGUUUGGUGACCUCCGUUCCACGUUCAUUGCUCUAAUGAUUGGCUCCUAUGCUUCCUCUGCUGUGACCUUCCCGGGAAUCAAGGUUAUAUAUGACUUUGGGGUCUCCUUCAUCCUUAUUCUGCUCGUCUGGGCAAGCUGUGCAGGACUAGUUUUCCUCAACUGCUUCUUCAACUGGCCACUGGAGCCCUUCCCGGGACCAGAAGACAUGGACUAUACGGUGAAAAUAAAGUUCAGCUGGCUGGGAUUUGACCACAAAAUCACUGGGAAGCAGUUCUACAAGCAAGUCACAACCGUGGGACGCCGACUGAGCGUGGGGAGCUCCAUGAAGGGCCCCAAAGAGUCAGCAGCCUUGCAAGAGAACAACAAGCUCUGCCUGUCCACAGUGGACCUUGAAGUGAAGUGCCAGCCUGACAGCACAGCUUCUCCUUCCUUCAUGAAGAGUGUCUUCAGCCCCAUCUUGUUGCUCAGCCUUAUCACCAUGUGUGUCACUCAGCUGCGGCUCAUCUUCUACAUGGGGGCCAUGAACACCAUCCUUGAGUUUCUGUCCGGAGAUGAAAGCCAAGUGAGUCUUUACACUUCCAUUUUUGGGGUACUGCAACUGCUGUGCCUGCUGACAGCGCCUGUGAUUGGGUACAUCAUGGACUGGAGGCUGAAAGAAUGCGAUGAUGGCUCUGAAGAUAAUGAGGAGAGCAACGCUGAGCAAGGCGACAAGAAAAAGAAAAAACGUGAUCGUCAGAUCCAGAAAAUCACCAACGCCACCAAUGCCUUUGCAUUCACAAAUGUCCUGCUGGUUGGAUUUGGAGUCACCUGUCUCAUUCCCAAUCUACCGCUGCAGAUUCUUUCCUUCAUAUUGCACACGAUUGUGAGAGGAUUUAUCCACUCAGCAGUGGGAGGCCUCUAUGCAGCUGUAUACCCCUCUACUCAGUUUGGUAGCUUGACAGGCUUGCAGUCGUUGAUCAGUGCCCUUUUUGCCCUUCUGCAGCAGCCUCUGUUUAUGGCAUUAACAGGACCUCUGGAAGGAGACCCUCUCUGGGUGAACGUUGGCUUGCUUGGUUUGAGCUUACUGGGUUUCUGCCUUCCAAUCUACCUGGUCUGCUACAGACGCAGGCUAGAAAGAGAAAGAAAACAGAAGAUUGAAGAUUCCAAACUCUUCCUCAAAAUCAAUGGCACUCCCAAUGAGGAAGCCUUUGUUUAAACUGGUGCUUCAAAUGCAAUCUCCCCUGUACAGGUUCCUACCAUAUCCGUGGGUUCUACCUGUGGUGUAAGCCAGGCUUUUUCUCUCCUGGCUCUGUUCAUCACUGGAGUGAGGGCUGGACAUCAUGACUGAGCUUUCCUCAGAUAUAUGGCAGGAGGAGACUUCACACUCCUUACUCCAGAACAUACGACUUUUUAUAAAGGCCACACAGAUAUUGUCUUAAAUUAUUCCCUGAUCACACUCUUCAGCUGCAGAGGCUCUGCAUAGGAAACUGAGAAGGAAGAGAUGGAUGGGGGAAGAGGGAAGAAAGACCUUAAUUUGAAUUUGCAAAUGUAACAUGCUGUUCUCUCUCCUCUUCUCCCAACCUUGGCUGACUGUCUCAGAUGUAAGUUGCACUCUCCUCUUUUCAUUGAGGCUUCAUAAUGGUCUUUCUGCUUGAUAUGUAGCUGGACUCAGCAGUUUUACUGCCUAUCCAGAGAUAUCUCAGACUGUUUCUGAGGCAGGGAAGAGGAUUUAUUCCUUCGUAUGUAAGCACGGCUUCAGUGUAUUGCUAAACGUUGGCUGCUAGCACUGACAGCUCGCAAAUGUUUUAUUACUACAAUGACACAGACUGUGAGCAAUGGAUCUGCCUUCCACACAGAAAUGAAGAGCCUACUGAACUGUUCUUGGUCCUACACCAAGCCUUCAAAGGCUGGUAUUCCUCUCUUCUCGGCCUGUAAGCCACCUGUACAUGUUGUAAACUGCUUGCAGUCCUGGAACUGUUGAGAUAGGAACUGGAUCUUGUUUACCGAUGAAGUGCUUUUGAGACUUGUUGCCUUUUGCCUCUUCCUCCCUCCAACGUGACCUUGGGAGGGGAGCAGCAGGGUGUAUUUACUAAAGUGGAGAAGCUUCUUGAAGCUGGUUCUGGGGCUCCAAAUACCUUGGUGUUCACUUGUCGUAAGCUGACUUCUUGUUGAAAAGAGUCAAGAGUGCAGAACACUCCUUGUGUUUGGUAACUGGAUCCUGUGGAUGUAUGGCAGGGUGAUGUGGCAAAGUAAUUCUUCCUCUAGCCAUAGCUUAUCUACUUUGUUCUGACACAGGCUCCAAGCUGCUGAACACCAGGUUACUCUGACUGACCAAAAAGCUGCUGGUUUGGCCGUAUUAAAAGCCUUCUGUGUUGUCGGUGCUUUGUCUGGACAGAGUACGUGGUGACUGAUUGUAUGGUGAAGCUGACUUGGAGAGCAAUACAUGUGGGUAAAGGUGCCCCAGGGCCUAUCCGCCAUAGAAGGAAUACAAAGGGAAUUCUUAACCCACUUAUUUUUAUAAUGGUUUUCCUAGGCCUUGCCUAAAGUAGACAUUCCCCCCUUUCACCUUCUCCUCGAGGUCAGCAGCUCAGCCUCUGUAUCUUGUGACUCAUGUCAGCCACCACACGUUGUGUGCAGCACUGCAGUGGCUGAACUAGUGACUGCAGGGAGGUUGGCGGGGAGAAAUAAAUCAAUUAUGAAGAUGGAGUGUCUUCUGAACUGCCAACUCCGGGUUACCGGGAUGAUGGGCUGUGUGGGACGGCAGCGCCAUCUUGAGUUGCUGCCCUUGGCACCCGGUGGCAGUUCAGUUGGUGCUCCACUCACGGUACCUUUUAGUCUCCAAUAACUUAUUUGGAAAUGAAUUGCCACUUGAACAUUUUACACAUCUGUGGAUUUUUUUUUUUAACAUGUUGCCUUUAUUAAAUGCGUUUGUUCCAAGGCAGCCUUAUUGCCUGCUGUCAACACUAUGCUGUUCUGAAGAUUUUCAUUUUUCUGUUUGGCCUCUAGCUUUGGUGAUGAUUUGCCCACGUUCCCAGCUUUACAUCCUUUGUGUUGAGUGAUGAUGGAGGCAGCCUUUUAGUUUGAUUUUUCUCUUCUCCUGGUACAAGUCUAGAGACCCACCAGCACUAGUACAGCUUUGCUAGAUUUCCAGAAGGUUUUUGCAGGUUUCUGCGUUCUAUAUUGUUACACUUCCUUCUUCUGAAACUGUGGAAAAGAUUUCUACUUUUGCUCCAAGAUAUUUUACAUGACAAUGACAUUACGUAUCUUUUUUUUCAAUGAGCUCUCAGACAGGUGAGCGAUUCUGAGCCGCAUCCCUAAGUAGACAGACUGGAAGGACGGCUGUGUGCUAACUCAGCAGCACCUCUGUUUCAAAAUAGUGAACAUGAUAUCGUCCUCUUCUCUUCCACUUGAAUUCCUGACAUAAAUGCCUCUGCAAAAUAGAGAAGUACAGAGAGUGACACAUUUUCAUGAGGGCACAGUGGAGAUGCAGCUGCCUUUGAAGUGCGUGUAGCUAAAUUAAACAAAGCACCCUUUUAUUCCUGCCAUCUACCUCCCUACUGCAGUUCUCAGUUCCUGCCCUUUAUUAGGGAAACUGUCUAAUCUGAUAUUGUUUCAUCUGAUAAAACAUUGGGUAUAUAUGGUUGUUGUCUCUGCCGAUAUGUCACAGUGUGUAGAAGCUGCCGGUCAGCUGUGAAGAAUAGAGCUCAUGCCUUUUGAGUCAUGUGUUUUUUAGGCUGUGUUUUAGACUAAGAGUAAAGUGUGCCUUUGGCUUGCAGUUUUAAGGACAGGUGGGUACACAAUGAAUUUUAGUUGUUUAGGGUUAAGCAGACUAAUGGGAGUGCUUUGUCACAGCAGCCCAAAGUCGAUCGCUGAAAUUUAUUGCUGUAGAACGUGAUAGAGAACAGAUUAUUAUUGCUAUUAUUUAAACACAAGGGACUCGUUAAACAAUGGCUUGAUGCAUCCAAUAACUCAGGGAGAUUUUAGUUGCUGUAAAUAAGAAAGUUACACCAAGAAAAGAUUAAUCUUUUUCUCCACACUCCAUCUCCAAGAAUAUGUUAUCAAAGAUUGAGGAAAAUAUACGCUGGGCUGGGUAGAAUGCUGAUCUGACCUCGUGGAGUUUGACUCUGACAAUUGUGAACUAAACUAAUUUUAAAAUCAGUCUCAAACUUAUCUAUCUACAAAUCUGUAUCUGCAUGUGAGAUGUGCACCAACUGUGCUAAUUCUGACAUAAUUGCUUAAAUGCUGAACCUCAUGUAGGCAUGGGCUCUAAGAAGAUGAAGUAUUCUGGCUUCAGCCUUUUCUAAACAUUGCCUUGGAUGCUACAGAAACAAACACUGUUGAGAUGGUCCUGUUAAGUAUGAUUGUUCAGGAGUAGUUUGCCUUGUUCUUUGAUGCUUGUGGAAAUGUAACUACGAAUUCCUUACAUUUGGAAUGGCAAACAGCAUCGCUGCUGCCUAGCCAAGUGAUGCAGGACUAAGAAAAUUCCCAGUGCACUUCUUGGUGUGCAUGAGCCACCCAUGUUGAAAAAAAAAAAAAUAAAUAAAUAAAAGGACAACCAAAUCCUGGAGAGACACAUUAAUUAGAUCAAUGCAUUUACCUGUAAUUCCCCAAUACAUAUCAAUAUGUGUUAUUCCUAAAGGCUAGAAUGCCUUGUUGAGUAGGCAUCCAACCUAUUCAUAGGAAUAGGUUGUUUGUUUAAUUGUUUUUGUUUUUUUUCUUCACCUCACUUAUAUUAGAAAUGUGAAGGAAUGGUCCUGGAAAAAGCUUCAUCUUCUCAGCAGAAGCAUCCCCAUGUGAAUGUACUGAAGUAGAAACAUGAUCUGUGGGUGCCUGCUGUUUGUAGGAGCCUUCCAUCAGGGAUGUUACUGCGUGGAGGUGGUGGCACCUAUAAAUGCCACUUCACUUACCCCUGGUCUCUGGAAACUCUCAUGCAUUUAAUGUUUGGGUUUUGUUUGUUUUGUUUGUUUGUUUUUUAAGAGAAACUGAAUGGGGAUGGAAGGAUAAUAGAUUUUUUCCUUCCCCUAAUUUGUCGGUACCUAAGCUUCAUCAAGAGUCUUCACAGUUGUAAUGCAACAAUGAUAUUGCAAAGAAAACCUGUGCCGUUUUUUCUUAUUUGGAGACCUGUAACAGCAUCCAUUGUCAGAGUAUCUGGAUCCUGAAGAUGUAACUGGAUAUGAAUAUAUACAAAAAUAAGAGAGAAUAUCUUGCUGACAGUCCAACUUAACAGCAAAGCUACAGCAACAAAUGUAAUAUUCAGCUCUCAUAACAAAGCCCAGCAAAUAUCCUCUGUCUGCAAAGGAAACGUAGGAUAAUAAGAUUUCUUUUCUUUUUUUUCUUUUCUUUUGGU